AUGACAGGGAAUCUGGGGGUGGGGGAGCAGGAGGCAGUGAGAGGAAGGCCAGCAGCUGUGGGAUUCGCAGCAGGUAUUAAUAGCUGCCCAGACAGAGCUCGGCCAAGUGGAUUUGCAGCCGUGGCCGCUCUGAAAGCAGAACGGGCAGGACUGACACUGUGGGGCAGGCAACACUACCUGGCCACAGCGGGGCAGUGGGCAGGCACAGCCCUGGGAGCUCUGACCAGGCACCCCUUGCCAUCGUCACACCUACAGCAGCAUUCCCGGCCAGCUAUGCUGUUGGGUGGCCUCCUCAUGCUGGCCACCGUGACUGUGGCACAAUGGAGAGGACAGGAAGCUGGCGAGCCAUGCAGGACCCAUCAAGUACAGCAUGGCCAGUGCAGCUACACCUUCGUGCUGCCCGAGCCUCAGCCCUGCCUGCCAGAGCCUGAGGACUCAGGGGGCUCUAAAAGCCUCCCAAGGGACUCCCAGGACCCUGGGCUGCACCCUGGGGAUGGACAGGCCCAGCGAGUGCGACAGCUGGAGCAGGUGCUGGAGAACAACACGCAGUGGCUACAGAAGCUGGAGAGAUAUAUCAAGAUGAACUUGACGUCACAGCUGGCGCAGGCCCAGCAGCACAUGGUCCAGAACGAGACUGUCACCAUGCCAGACUUGGGCACGAACCUCUUGAACCAUGCUAUGGCUCAGACCCGCAAGCUGACCAACAUGGAGGCUCAGGUCCUGAACCUGACGUCGCAAAUGAAGAACCAGCUGCUGGAGAACUCACGGUCCAUCAGCCAGCUGGAGAGGCAGCUGCUCCUGCAAGGCCGAGACCUCCACCACCUGCAGGGCCACAACAGCGACCUAGAGACACGAUUGCAGGCCCUGGAGACACAGCAUCAGGCCGAGCUGGACAGCCUCCGCAUCCAGAAGGAGCAGCUGCAGCACCUACUGAGCCUCCAGAGUAGCACACUUGCCAGCCUGCAGCACUCCCUGCACGCCUACCGUAGCAACGCCAGUCUCCUGCACACCCGGCAGCUCCAGCUGCUGAAGACUGUGCAAGGCCUGGUCGGCCUCCUAGCCCAGGGCCCAGCCCCUGUGAGGGUGGCUGAGCAGGUGUUCCAGGACUGUUCGGAGAUCCGGCGCUUUGGGGCCAGUGCUAGUGGCGUCUACACCAUCCAUGUGGCCAAUAUGACAGAGCCCAGGAAGGUGUUCUGUGACAUGGAGGCCAGUGGAGGCGGGUGGACCCUCAUCCAGCGCCGUGAGAACGGCAGCGUGAGUUUCCAGCGGAACUGGGAGGAUUACAAACAGGGCUUCGGAGACCCGGCCUGGGAGCACUGGCUGGGCAAUGAGGUGGUGCACCAGCUCACCAGCGGGGCAGCCUACUCUCUGCGUGUGGAGCUGCAAGACUGGGAAGGCCGAGAAGCCUUCGCCCAGUAUGAGAGUUUCCAGCUGGGCAGUGAGGGGCAGCUGUACAGGCUUUCUCUGAGUGGGUAUAGAGGUUCAACGGAGAAGCAGAGCAACCUGUUUCUGAUGGAUGCCAACUUCAGCACCCACAACAAAGACAACGAUAAUUGCAACUGCAACUGUGCCCUGCUGCUCUCUGGAGGGUGGUGGUUUGACGCCUGCGGCCUCUCCAACCUCAAUGGCAUCUACUACAAGAAGGGUCACCACACAGGCAAGAUCAAGGGCAUCCGCUGGUUCUCCUUCCGGGGCUCCAGCUACUCGCUGCGUGCCACUCGCAUGAUGAUUCGUCACGUGGGCGUCUAG